AUGGCCGACGACCUCUUUGCCUCGUUCUCCAAACCGCCACCACCACCCGCCGCCUCGUCGUCCAACCCCAAGCGCAACCCGGUCGCCUCCUCCUCCAAGCUCGACACGGCCUCCACCACCCCGUCCACCUCCCGCAUAGCAACGACCGCACCAGCAGGCACCAAGCGCCAGCUCUCGCCCCAGGACGGCGACGCGCCCAAGAAGCCCCGCACCUCGGACGCCAACGACGACAACGCCCCUGCCCCUCUCGCCGACGAGCACACGAGCACCGCCCGAGUCGGCGACGCCUUCACCGCCACCGACGAGCUCGAGACGACCGUCACCCAGACCAUCAAGCCCUCGGCCGGCCUCGCCGCUGGCGCCGGCUCCGAGGAGGGCCUCGUCCUGCAGCACCAGGUCCGGCACCAGGUCGCCCUCCCGCCCAACUACCCUUACGUCCCCAUCUCGUCGCACGUCGCCCCCGCCGAGCCCGCACGCGUGUACCCGUUCGAGCUCGACCCGUUCCAGAAGGUGUCGGUCGCGAGCAUCCAGCGCAACGAGUCGGUCCUCGUGUCGGCCCACACGUCGGCGGGCAAGACGGUCGUCGCCGAGUACGCCAUCGCCCAGUGCCUCAAGCAGGGACAGCGCGUCGUCUACACGUCGCCGAUCAAGGCCCUGUCGAACCAGAAGUACCGCGAGAUGCUCGCCGAGUUUGGCGACGUCGGCCUCAUGACGGGCGACGUGACGAUCAACCCGACCGCGUCGUGUCUCGUCAUGACCACCGAGAUUCUGCGCUCGAUGCUGUACCGCGGUUCCGAGAUCAUGCGCGAGGUCGCCUGGGUCGUGUUUGACGAGAUUCACUACAUGCGCGACAAGGAGCGCGGCGUCGUGUGGGAGGAGACGAUCAUCCUCUUGCCGCACAAGGUCCGCUACGUCUUCCUGUCGGCGACGAUCCCCAACGCCAUGGAGUUUGCCGAGUGGAUCUGCACGAUCCACCAGCAGCCGUGCCACGUCGUCUACACCGACUACCGCCCGACCCCGCUCCAGCACUACCUGUUCCCGGCCGGCGCCGACGGCAUCCACCUCGUCGUCGACGAGAAGGGCAACUUUCGCGAGGACAACUUUGCAAAGGCCAUGGGCGCCUUGGGCGGCGACACCAAGGGCGAGGACCCGGCGAGCGCGACGGGCGGAAAGGGCCGCAAGGGCAAGACGAAGAAGGGCGGGCCAAAGGGCCCGUCCGACAUUUACAAGAUCGUCAAGAUGAUCAUGGUCAAGAACUACAACCCCGUCAUCGUCUUUGCGUUUUCGAAGCGCGAGUGCGAGGGGCUCGCGCUCCAGAUGUCCAAGCUCGAGUUCAACACGGACGACGAGCGCGACAUGGUCGACACCGUGUUCAACAACGCCAUCUCGAGCCUGUCCGAGGACGACCGCCAGCUGCCCCAGAUCGAGCACAUCCUCCCCCUGCUCAAGCGCGGCAUCGGCAUCCACCACGGCGGCCUGUUGCCCAUCCUCAAGGAGGUCAUCGAGAUCCUGUUCCAGGAGGGCCUCCUCAAGGUCCUGUUUGCGACCGAGACGUUCUCGAUCGGCCUCAACAUGCCCGCAAAGACGGUCGUCUUUACCUCGGUGCGCAAGUUUGACGGGCGCGACUUCCGCAACCUGUCGGGCGGCGAGUACAUCCAGAUGUCGGGUCGCGCGGGACGACGCGGCCUCGACGACCGCGGCAUCGUCAUCAUGAUGACGGACGAGAAGCUCGAGCCGGCGGCGGCCAAGGGCAUGGUCAAGGGCCAGGCCGACCGCCUCGACUCGGCGUUCCACCUCGGGUACAACAUGAUCCUCAACCUCAUGCGCGUCGAGGGCCUCACGCCCGAGUACAUGCUCGAGCGCUCGUUCUACCAGUUCCAGAACACGGCGUCGGUGCCCAAGCUCGAGGACGAGCUGCGCCAGCUCGACGAGCAGCGCGCCGCCAUCGUCAUCCCGGACGAGGACAACAUUGCCGACUACUACGACCUCAGGCAGCAGCUCGACAUCCUCAACCGCGACCUGCGCGACGUCCUCAACCACCCGACGUACGCCCUCCCGUUCCUCCAACCGGGUCGCCUCGUGCGCGUCAAGCACGACGACCUCGACUUUGGCUGGGGCGUCGUCGUCAACUACCAGAAGCGCGUCGGCGCAAAGGGCAAGCCCCUCGCGGCCGACGAACCGCCCCAGAAUCAGUACAUCGUCGACGUCCUCCUCCACGUCGCGCGCGGGACCGCACCCGCCGCCGCGUCCGUCACGGGCAAGAACAAGCUCGCGUCGCCGGGUAACGCCAUGAGCACGAUCCGGCCCUGCCCGACGACGACGACCGGCGCGGGCGCGACCGCCGACGAGGGCGAGUUUGCCGUCGUGCCCGUCCUCCUGUCGACGCUCGACGGCAUCUCGCACAUCCGCAUCUUUCUCGCAAAGGACCUCAAGCCCGUCGAGGCGCGCAACCAGGCCCUCAAGAGCGUCAAGGAGGUCAAGCGCAGGUUCCCGAGCGGCAUCGCCCUCCUCGACCCGGUCGAGAACAUGGGCAUCGUCGACGAGGCGUUCAAGAAGCUGCUCAGGAAGAUCGAGAUCCUCGAGUCGCGCCUCGUGUCGAACCCGCUGCACACCGACCCGGCGCUCCCGUCCCUGUACGACCAGUACGCGGCCAAGGAGGCCCUCAAGCUCAAGAUCCGCACGACCAAGAAGAAGAUCACCGAGGCGCACUCGGUCAUGCACCUCGACGAGCUGCGCAACCGCAAGCGCGCCCUGAGGCGCCUCGGGUUCGCGACCAACGACGACGUCGUCGAGCAGAAGGGCCGCGUCGCGUGCGAGAUCUCGAGCGGCGACGAGCUCCUCCUCACCGAGAUGGUCUUCGCCGGCCUCUUCAACGAGUUGACGCCGCAGCAGUGCGCCGCCCUGUUGAGCUGCUUCGUCUUUGACGAGAAGUCCGAGCAGACGUCCAAGCUCAAGGAGGAGCUCGCCGGCCCGUUGCGCGUCAUGCAGGAGGCGGCACGGCGCAUCGCCAAGAUCUCGAUCGAGAGCAAGAUGCCCGUCGUCGAGGACGAGUACGUCGCGAGCUUCAAGCCCGAGUUGAUGGACGCCGUCUACUCGUGGUGCAACGGCGCCAAGUUCUCCGACAUCUGCAAGAUGACGGACGUCUUUGAAGGUUCGCUCAUCCGCGUCUUCCGCCGCCUGCAAGAGCUCAUCCGACAAAUGUCGAUGGCCGCCAAGGCCAUCGGCUCCGAGGAGCUCGAGGAGAAGUUCAACGCCUCGCUCGCGUGCCUCGAGCGACCCAGCUCGGUCGCCUUCGCCGCGUCCCUGUACCUCUGAUUCCCUUGGAGCCCUCGGCAGUCUAUCUUUUGCUCUGUUGCACGCAAUCGUACAUCGUUCAUCGCCCAGUC